AUGAAGGCGAGCAUUGCUCUCCUGGGCCUGUGCCAGCUGGCCGCGGCUUUCUAUCCGUGGUAUCCGAACUACGGAUGUGUCCAAGGCCAGGAUUGUAUCUCUGAGCGCGCUAUCGAAGCACCGGGCGUCGAAGGUGGUGUUACUACUCUGAAGUUGGAGCAACGAUUGCCAAAGACGGGCGAAUCUCAUGCUGCCCAGGUCCGCCAUCUUGCUGAUGGUCUAGCCCGUAAAUACAGCCGUGGAACGCCGGUCACCUCAGAGGUCGCGCAGGUCAACAAGAGAGAUAACCACUAUCCUGUCGUCUCAGCUGCUACUCCAUCACAGACAAACAGCGCAGGAAUCAACCAGGAUGGUACCGAUUUCUCCUACUUCGCCCAGGUCCUUGUUGGAUCUGAGAACACCCCGCGUUACAUGCUCUUAGACACCGGUGCCGGGACUUCUUGGCUCAUGGGAUCCAUGUGCACAUCGCCUGCCUGUAAAAACCACAAUACCUUUGGACCAACCGACUCGAAGACUUACGACCUCUUGCCUGGUGGCUCUUUCAGCAUUGGGUACGGUACGGGGCAAGUGAGCGGAUUGCUUGCGAACGACACGAUCUCCUUUGCAGGCAUGAAGCUCACAAUGACUCUUGGGAUUGCCAACCAAACUAGCAAUGAUUUCAACAACUAUCCCAUGGAUGGUAUCCUGGGUCUGUCGCAGAUGCAGACCGACGGUCAGCCUAACUUUAUCCAAACCCUCGUCGCCUCGAACUCAUUGAAAUCAAACGUGUUUGGAAUGAGCCUUAACCGCAACUCAGAUGGACCCAACACCGGGGAGAUCAACUUUGGCGCCCCGGAUACUUCCAAGUUCAGCGGUAGCCUCUCCUACACCCCUGUCUCCACAAACGCCGAGGCCGACUGGGCUAUUCCGAUGGACAAUAUUGGGUUGGGGGACAAGCAGAGUACAGUCUCAGGCCGUUUGGGCUAUAUUGACACUGGCACCUCCUACAUCUUCGCCCCACAAGAGGACGCCGAGGCUUUCCAUGCUCUUAUCCCUGGUUCAUCAGUUGGUAAAGACGGCGCAACUUACACCGUACCCUGUUCAACCACGGAUCCCAUAACCAUUACCUUUUCUGGCGUCACAUACUCCAUCGCCUCUGAGGAUUGGGUUGGCCCGUCGAGAAAUGGUGUUUGCACUAGCAACAUUUACGGGAUGCCUGUGGUUGAAGGUGGUUGGCUCUUGGGAGACACGUUCUUGAAGAACGUAUAUGUCUUGUUCGACAUAGACGAGAACAGAGUUGGACUUGCAGAGAAGGCAACUUCCUCCUCUUCCUCCUCUUCCUCCGUCUCCUCUUCGGCGACAACAUCUACCGGUGGGUCAAAUUCCCUAUCGUCUAGUUCGUCGAGUACUGCAAGUAGUGCUCUGGUUUCUAGUUCGUCGAGUACUACGAGUAGUGCUCUGGUUUCUAGCUCCGCCGCCUCAGUUUCUGGCUCUACCACCUCAGUGUCUAGCUCUACAACCCCAGUUUCUAGCUCUACCACCCCAGUCUCUGAAACCAGCUCUAACGGAGGGUCCGCAGGCUCUGCAUCUAGUACCUCAGCCUCACAAACCGGCACGGCCACAAGCACCACGACUGGAUCUCCUGGCUUGAACAGUCAGCAGACUGUCUCUUCUUCCGGACAACCAGCCGCUGCGACUUCUUCUUCGACAGCCUCGCCCUCAAGUAAAUCGAGCGCCGCACGCCUCGACACCGGCUUAUUCUCUGUCGCCCUGGCCUCACUUUUGCUCGUCGUCUUCCUUUGA